CUUCUAUUCAACUCACACUUUCUCUCGUGUGCCUCACAGAAUCACGACGGCGUGAAACUUACGAGGCGUUUAAUCCAUCAGUUCAAAGGCAGCUGUGCGACUGUGAUGCCUGUUUGAACAAGCCUGGGCCUUACCAUGUGGGUCUGGAGAUUCACAAAACAGCUGGUGCCGGCCCGAAUCUCGCAUGGAUGAUGGCCUUCUCGUCCUCCUUCUUUACUCCCAAAAUGGCAUCCGCCAGCGACGAGCAGCAGCAGCAGGAUCCUCAGCCAAUCAAGCAAGAACCGGUGGCUGAAGGAGAGCCUGGCCAUUCUUUGCCCGACAUGUCUCGUUCCGACAAUAGUCAGGCUCCGCAAGAUGCUGCCGAUGGCAACGACCACGAGAUGGGCGACAACAACGACAACAACAACAACAACAACAACGAUGGCGGCGCCGCCGUGGGGAGCGCAGCCAGCACAGCGUCUAAGAGUGUCGCUUCCAGCAACAACAAUAACAACAACAACAACACCAAAAAGAAGAAGGGCACCGCUGCCGCCGUCAAGGGCCCUUCGAAACGCGGGCGUCCCGGCGGCGCCAAGAAGACCAAGGGCGGCGGAACCAAAAAGGCGAAGACGGAUGCCACGGCAAGGCAGGCCUGCGGCGACGGCGGCAACUCGAGCGAGUCCGACAACGGGCCCUACUGCCUCUGCCGCGGCCCAGACGAUCACCGCUUCAUGAUCGCCUGCGACCGGUGCGAGGACUGGUUCCACGGCGAGUGCAUCGGCAUGGACAAGCACACGGGCGAGAACCUGGUACAAAAGUACAUCUGUCCGAACUGCACCGACGGCGGCCGGUACUCGACGCGCUACAAGAAGAUGUGCUCGCUUGCCGGCUGCAACAAUCCGGCGCGCAUCUACGACUCGGCCCGUCCCAGCAUCUUUUGCUCGUCCGAGCACUGCCAGGCCUGGUGGGAGCAGCUCAUCGCCACCCUGCCGCGAACCAAAUCCGGCUCGGACGCCGACGAGCUGACCCAGGAGGAGUUCAUGGGCCUGCUCGACGCCUCCCGCACAUCCUCCUCGCCAGACGACACGCGCCCCUGGCGCCUCGGCACCCCGCCGUUCUCCACGCCGUCCAACUUCUGGGACCUGCCCGCCUCCUCGCACGCGCUCACGCCGGAGGAGCAGGAGUUCCUCACCGCGUCCGCCACGGCCCGCUACCAGCUCGGCGAGGAGAUCGUCCUCUGCAAGAAGAUGCUCCAGCUGAUCGAGAUGGCCCUGAAGCAGCGCGAGGCGGCCAUCGCCGCCGGCAAGGGCACCGCCAAGGACCUGUGCGGCUACGACUCGCGGCUCGACACGGUCGGCGCCACCCGCCAGUUCGCCAUGUUCCUCCAGACCCCGGAAGGCGAGGCGGCCCUGUCCAAGUUCGGCACCACCGCCACGACAACAACGACAACGACCACCACCACCACCAACGGUACCACCAACGGUACCACCAACGGUACCACCAACGGCACCACCAACGGCACCGCCGCGGUGAACGGAGCCGCCUCGGACUCGAUCCCGACCAACGCAGUCGCCGCCGCGGCCGGCGCCAGCUCCAUGCCCGGCAGCGAUCCGGACUUCCCUUACAUGUGCCCCAAGAAGAAGUGCAAGCCGCACAACGGCUGGAGCGCCAUCCUCACCAAGAGCGUCAAGCGCGACAUCAAGGAGCUCGCGGCGCAGGCCAAGGAGAUGCUCGAUGCCGAGCAGCGCGUGCGCGACGGCGCCGCCGGCCGGUUCCGGCGGCGGAUGAAGGAGGGGAACAGGGUCAUCGUCCUCUCCGACGGAGCGAUGGACGGCUCAUGAGGCAGGCAGGCAGGACGGAACGGAACCGUCAUGUCUUUGUCUGGAAUGGUGGAAUCCGAAAGAGGGGGUCGAAUAGGAAAGGCUGUGUUCUGUCAACUUGGGCAUCUCGCAUUUGAGCAAUGGAGUUGAGCAAGGGAGUUAUGGUUAUGAAAGAAAGAUCUCGGUAACUGGAUCCGGAAAACUAGGUAAUAAUGCAACGAAUGAACAAUCGGGCUUGAUAUCCUGAAUUGCCAGAUGGGGCUCUCGAA